CCCUCAUCGUUCCCCUUAUCGUUGUCCUCAUCGGUCAUCGUCAGCGAUUCUCCCCACCUCCGCGUCGUCUCUCAUUUGGGGACUGGUGGAAGGGAAAGAUGCCGACAGGUUUCUUCCUUUUCGACCGUCGCUUCGUUGAGUGGCGCAAUGAGCACUUCAAGCAGCAGCGGCUGAGAAAGAUUUCCAUUGGGUUCUUGCUCCUGGCGUGUGGCUUUGCGCUUUGCCUCGUCGGGACUGCGUGGGGGGAGAUCAGCGACUUUUUGGCCGGACUUGACACGGAUGGGAUGGAUUCCUGCCCUUUAAAUGACACGGUGACGACUGCAUUGGGCGAUUCAUCCAAGUGCAGCUCCGUCACAGAGGAGAAACGGAUCAGUGAGGACGUCGACCGAAGUGGUCAUCGGGCAACCAUUGUGUCUCUGUUUUUCAUUACUGUUCUGUUCUUCUGCCUGCUCGGACUGGUAAGCAUGGUGUAGGUUGCUUGGCCGUCCUACGCUUUCACGGUGUGUUCCGCCAUUCUCCGCUUCUUCUGUUUCCUGCAGGUACACACGCAACGGGGGUCUUCGUUCGUGACAGAUCGCUAUGUGGCAAUCACAAUCGCCAUGGCUUUCUUCGUCAGCACCAUCGGUCAUCUUUCUAAUGUCACGUAAGUGCAGAUCAACUGGCAAAGGAGCAGCAGCUGUUGAUGAAUGUGUCCGUCUCUAACCUUUCCUUGCACAGUGGCAUGCCAUCAAAAGCGUUUGGAUGCUUUGUAUUUGGAAGCGACUCCUUCAGCAUCAAGGUGUUUGCGGCUCUCAUCAUUCCCAUGCCAGUAAGCGAGUACGCCUCUCGUCCGCACAAACGACACAUUCGAAGGGCCGGCCUGUGGCUGACUAAAUGCAGACACACAUUGCUCUAAUGUUUCAAGUGUUUGACAAUGUGGCGCUGGUGGCGACUUUCUACAUGUUUCUCCACGAAUGGAACGCCAAGGAGUUAUUGCGCUCGGGCAAAGUGAGCAACAUGGAUGGCGUCUCCACGAGUGAAAGCCUCACCCCUGAGAACUGGGAGCUGUUUGCGAUCGCCACAGCAAUGUAACUCAAGGGAAGCAAAGGGAAGGCUGUCUUCCGUCUUGAAUGUUGGUUUUUCAGGUUCAUCAUGGCAGGCAUGUUCUUCGUGUGGUCAGCCUGGCUGAGAGACACUCAGGACCACCAGCUAUUCUGUGAACAUGUGAAGCGGGUUGAAGCGGAGGAGAAUCGCAAAUCGUUCAUCAGCUAUAUCCUACACGAAAGUGAGGAUGCCUGCACUUGAGUCUGCACUUCUCGGCAAUGUAUGUACAUGGCUUGCUGUCCAGUCAGGAAUCCGCUUAGCGGCUGCGGGCUGAUCCUCAGUGAGUGCACGAGUCGCCUGCAGCUGCCAGACAUGCCCCCAGCUAUCGACGACCUACGGCAACGCGACGACACUGUUCAGUCAUGGCUCGAUACAUUCCUUUAUCUCUUCUCCACGGUCGAAUCGCAAGUAAGACUCGAACACAGUCUAGCUUGGUCGGUUUGUUAGCUAUGUUGUCUCUUUCAUUCGUCGAUGUCAGUUGGAGUCCAUCAAUUAUGUAUCGAAUGACUGCCUCGCGCUAGAGAAGCUGGAAGCAGGAUGGUACGCGGCAUAUCCGGUCGGAUUCAUGGCAUGCCACUUCUUCCGUAUCUGCCUCGUGUCAGUUUCGACUUUGAAUUCACGGCCUUCAACGUUCUACAGUGGCUUCAUGAGUAAGGGACCACCCGACGCUCUUCGACGCUGUCCUCUUGAUAGAUGGCGGCAACGUAUGACGGCAUGUGUCUCUCCCAGGCUCUACGAGAACGUCAAGCUGUCAUUUGUCCUGCAAGGCCUUAGGCUGAAGCUGUCGAUUCCUGCACCCCUCUUGUUCGACUGGUAUGCUCCGCAAGAACCAGAAGUCCGAAAUGACGAGCACGAGGGCGACAAGUCGGCUGUCUAUCUGCCGCUGGUUUCCCGCGUUCGCGGUGUCGCUGACCACAAUCGUCUCGCACAAGUCCUCAGUAACUUUCUCAGCAACGCGAAGAAAUUCAGUCCAAAGGGAUCGACGGUGUCCCUGAAGGUCAGCGGGCACAGUGAGCACCGUCAACCAAGAUGACGUUGGCUUUUUUCCCUUCUUUUUCUCGUGGUGAUCUACAGGUGGCUUUGCUGCGUCCAGUGAGCAGCAAAUCUCGAUCAGUAGAGGGCAACCUUGUCCGCAUAUCAGUAGAAGAUCAGGUGCGCAUGCAACUGCCAAAGGCCACGUACACAGGAAGGAAGGUUUAGAGUAUGCUUUCAUGUUCUCCUUAGGGCGUAGGCAUUACGAAAGAGGACCAGGUGAGAGGGGCAUGUAUGUGCAAAUAGACAGACAGACAGACAGGCAGACGCAUACGACAUACUCAUGUGAAUGCCUGUCGGACGAACUGCUGUCUUGUCGAAGGCCAAGCUAUUCAAGCCUUACAGGUGAGUGACAUACACUGAUACCUCCGACCAACACAAACACAGACACAGACACAGACACAGACACACACUGCUAAUAUAUGUCCAGUCAGAUCCGCUCCGGCGAGCUGCAGAAGGGUGGGGGGACGGGAUUGGGACUCUCUCUGUCAAAGGUACUAGUGCACUCAGCAGGCGGCAGGCCCUCUCUAAUCAUACUUUCUCCUGUCGCCUUCAACAGGCAUUCGUUGAAGCUCAUCACGGAUCGGUGGGCGUCGAAUCUCAGGGGCAGAACAAAGGCUCCGAAUUCUUCCUUGAGCUGAUGCUGCCGUAUCCAACCGAUGAACAACUAGAAGCCAGCAAGUAUGCAAUGGAGGGAAGCACAGAAAAAAGCCCUGAGACGGAAGACCUGUACGCUGCUAUGUGCAGGUCUGCAACGCUCAGCCCCGAAAUCGGCAAGAGGAUACUUCGAUGCGUGACUGAGCUGCCCAACGGAAGCUCCCUGCCCAGUGGAAUCUUCUCACCGCAACAAAACCGUCGCAGAGGGAGCCAAUCAAGUGAGAAGCAAUCAAAACACACAACGCACAACAGCCGCUCUCGUUUUCGUGCAGCGCUGAGCCCGACAACGAUGAAGCAGCGGACGUCUUCCCCUCCCUCCCCCUCUUCACAAAACCUGCAGGCCGCCACACCGAGUGGACACAAGCGCGCUCUCUCCCCCGGUGGCCGAAGCAGCAUGAUUCCUGAUAGCCUCUUUGAGGGCUACAGCGCUUUGUGCCUCCUAGUGGAUGACAACUAUGUCUGCACGUGAUAUCAGAGGACAGUUGGUUGGUUGGGUGGGUGAGCUUUUGUUCUCCUCUGCUUCAGACUUGCGACGGAAUACAUCCUUCAGAGAAUGCAGCUGUCUUUCGAGAUGGCUGAGAGCGGUGAGAGACACAUUUAGCAAUCACACCGAUGUGUACCCAACUGCUUGUGGCUCUGUAGGCGAGGAUGCUCUCGCCAAAAUAAAAGAAGGCAAAAGGUACAGGCUGAUCCUCAUCGACUAUCAGAUGCCACACAUGGACGGCGUCGAAACAACGAAGGAAAUCACACGGGUCAGUCGAUUGAAGUGAUCCACCGCCCUCCUCCCUUUGUGUCUCUCUGCGUGCCGUUCAGGAGCUCCGCCGUUCAGGAGCCGACAGCUCUUCUACGGUCAUUGUCGGCCUGACAGGGGCCUCAGAAGAAUAUGCCGCUGCUUUCCGUGAGGCAGGUGUGCCAAGACAUUCAGAUGGAUGAGUCAGGCAAGGGACCGUCUGUGCGUGUGCAUGUUUGUCCUCACGUUCAGGGGCCAGGGAGUGCCUGCGAAAGCCCAUCAAAGCUGCAGUGCUUCAAAAGGUACUGACUGACAGCUAUAUGCUCGUCAAACUUGUCACUGGCUGGCUCACUCACUCUGUCUCUCUCUCUUAACAGCUUGCUGUGAAUUACAUCCAUCCGAGGUGGUGCGACGGACAGCCUUGCAGUGAGACCUGUACCGGCGACAGGACCAUGGAAGGGCAGCUGCGGGCGGGCACCAUGAAAGAGGACAGGACGUCGCGGGGGCAUUGA